GACUAAUGGCCAUUAUGAGGGGUUCAUAUGAUUUAGCCUACUAAACCAAAUUGAAUGCAAGAUCAUGUGAAACAGAUCAUAUUUUUCUGGUCUUGGAUGCCAAAGAAAGUGCCUCUGCAGCCUCUUCACGCACUGUUGCAUUCUGAUGUACUUCCUGAGAGGAAUCCUCAAAAUAUAUCCUUCAGAUUCGGAAUAUCUUUCUCCGCAACCACAACAGAAAACGCACUCCAAUCUAAAACUUCUUCAAAAGGAAGCACAAAAUUGUCAGCGAUGAUUACAGGGACGCACUCAUAAUAAAAGGCUUCCACUAUCCUUGGACUGUUCACCUCAAAUCCCAUGGGACAAAUACAGAACUUGCUUGAUUUCAUGUGCUCAAUGUAAGAAAUUUUUUUAGAGAUUUGGUUUGGAAGAGGACCAAAAAUUUUCAUAUCUUCAUCCUUGC